CUUGUAAAUAAGGUUCUGUCUACCAUUCUCGACGAAGUUAUUGAGUACGACGAAGCUAACGGAGGCGUAUUCUCAGUUCCCGUUCCAAAGGAAGAUUUUCCCGAAUACUAUGAGCAAAUUGAGAAGCCCAUGGAUUAUGGUACAAUGCGGAAGAAACUGCAGAAUGGCGAGUACCGGUCUGCUCAGUCGAUGCAGAAGGAUUUUAUUUUGAUUCUACAAAACUGCCGCAAGUUUAACUCAAAC